AUGAAGGUCGAUUAUAAACCUAAGAACAUUAAUGUCAAGUUGAUAAAAUUACCACAUAUAAAGAUCACUCAAGUGCCCAAUGUAGUAUCUGGUGUGGCUCCAAUACGUUCGUUAGUUAAUUUAGGUUCAGGUGUUGCUGAUCUUAUUCUCUUACCAAUUGAACAAUAUAAGAAAAAUGGUAGGAUUAUUAGAGGUUUACAAAAGGGGACAGAGUCUUUUGCACAAGCUACAACUAUGGAAGCAAUCAGAUUUGGUAUCAAACUUCAAUUGGAACGCAGAUUUUGCUUGAACAAGCUAAUGAAAUUCUUUCUUUCGAAUUUCAAACUGGCAUCAAUACAAGGAGUAAUACUAAUCCUACA